UUUGACUGAAAGUUUGUGCAAAAAGAAAAAGAAAAAGGCCUGUAUUUUAAGACCUCAAAUAAAUUCGGGAAAAAAAAUACAAUUUCGAGGCGCUCGUGGCUUCGAAUCCGCUUCAAUUCGCGCGCCUCCUCGAACCGAUCGGCACAGGUUUUGAGGAUCAUGUUUGUGCUUAAUUGGUGUGCCGAGGUGCGGAUCACGCAGAUCAAUAGGUUUCUUGGCUUGAUUCGAGCUGGAUUGGAGGGUGCCUUGUGCUGAUUUGGGAUUCUAGCUAUUCUGCUGCUCCUGUCGUGGUGUGAGCUGGUUAUGAGCGUUAGAUUUGAUAUUUUGUGGUUUUGUGAUGGAAAGUUUGGAUCUUUGGUGAAGGAAAGUUUGGGAUUCUAGCUUGUGGUGCGGAAAAUCGUAUGACUUCUGGAUUUAGAUGAUGCAAGCAGUGUAUUAAGUUCUUGCAUGGUGGUUGGUCUUGGGCUCUUUGGCUCCUGCUCAAGACUAACUGACUGCUGAUCUGAAGGUGAAGAUGAGUGCAGAUCCGAGCACCUGUGACGCCAUGGACGAAGCCCUCAAAGCAAAGGAUGCAGCAGAGCGCAAGUUCCAUGUGGGUAACAUCAAGGGUGCCCGGAGGUCAGCCAUCAAGGCGCAUAACUUAUGCCCAUCACUUGAUGGCAUAUCUCAGAUGGUCUCAACCCUUGAGGUUCACCUUGCUUCUGAGUCAACGAUUGGUGGGGAGAGCGACUGGUACCACAUAAUGUCUCUCAAUGCCUAUGCGGAUGAAGAGGAGGUGAAGAAACAGUACAGAAAGCUAGCUCUCCAGUUGCACCCAGACAAGAACAAGUCGGUUGGUGCAGAGGCUGCCUUCAAACUUAUCUCGGAGGCGUGGAGUGUGUUGUCUGACAAGAGCAGGAAGAUGCUCUAUGAUCAGAAGAGGAGAGAUCAUCCCGUCGUGAAUGGGGCCAACGGUUUGUAUACUUAUGAUAAGAAGGCAAAUAAGCGAGCUCGAAAAAGUGCCGCCGCCACCUCUGCAGUAGCUGAGGCUACUACUCGUCCUGCGGGGGUAGACACAUUCUGGACAUCAUGCAACCGCUGUCGGAUGCAGUAUGAGUACUUGAGAAUUUAUCUGAACCACAACCUUCUUUGCCCAAACUGUCACCAUGCAUUCAUGGCUGUAGAAACUGGAUAUCCCUGCAAUGGAACCACUUCUUCGUUUUCCUGGACUACCAAGCCACAGCAGCAGAAGAACCACAAUACUGUUGAUCAUUCUUAUAGUUCAGCAAGCAGAACCUCAAGCAUUCCAGGCACAGGACAUGGAGUUUACCAACAAGAGAAUACUUAUGAGUCCUACAAUAACCAAAGUUUCCAGUUCAGUCAGUACCCCAAGACAACAGGCGCUGCUGCUGCAAAUGCUUGCAGUACACAGGCCUUGGAGAAAUCAAAAAGAAAACAUGAGGAGAACUACAUAGACAAUUAUUUCUCAAGUGGCAAUGGGUAUCCAUCAGGGCGAGGACGACAUUCAAACAGGUGGCGGAAUAUUAAUAAUGGCUAUGCAUCUGUGGACUGUAACAGGGAGACUGUGGCUGCAACUGCAGGUACGACUGUGGUUGCCGAUACAGGAAGGGUCAAUGGUACUUCAGGGGAAAAGUUUAGAUCUGCAGUAAGUGGAAGAAAAGCUAAUGUCUUGAGGGAGAUCUUCCAACUUGACACCCGAGGUCUUCUUCUUGAUAAAGCCAAGGUGGCAGUUCGUGAAAAAUUACAAGACUUGAAUAUUUCAACAUCUACCCAGUUUAGAGAGAAAGGGAAAGCAGAAAGAAAAGAGAAGCAUUUUGAAAACAAUUUAAUGGUUAAUGGCGUCCUUUCUGACAAUCCAAUCAAUAAAUGCAAGAAAUACAACUCAAAAGUUGUUGAUGUCGAAAUUCCUCCAACUGAUGAAAAGAAUCCAGAACAGAAGCGUGUACCUCUGUCCAUUGAUGUCCCAGACCCAGAUUUCCAUGAUUUUGAUAAAAAUCGCACAGAAAGAGCAUUUGGCAAAGAUCAGGUGUGGGCUACAUACGAUAGUGAAGAUGGCAUGCCUCGUCUAUAUGCAAUGGUGCAGAAAGUUAUUUCAAUAAAACCUUUCCGGAUCCGAAUGAGCUUCCUCAAUUCUAAGUCCAACAGUGAACUGGCACCAAUAAGCUGGAUCGCCUCAGGUUUCACAAAGACAUGCGGUGAUUUUAGGGUUGGAAGAUACCAGAUUACUGAAACAGUCAACAUCUUUUCCCACAGAGUUAGCUGGAGUAAAGGUCCUCGGGGAAUCAUCAGGAUUAUUCCCAAGAAAGGUGAUACAUGGGCUUUGUACCGGAACUGGUCUUCUGAUUGGAAUGAGCUUACACCUGAUGAUGUGAUAUACAAAUAUGAGAUAGUAGAAGUCAUUGACGAUUUCACCGAAGAGCAAGGUGUGAAUGUCAUCCCAUUGCUGAAGGUAGCUGGUUUCAAAGCGGUCUUCCACAGGCACACAGGCCCUGAUGUAGUCAGAAGAAUACCAAAGGAAGAGCUCUUCCGCUUCUCGCACCGGGUUCCUUCUCGCCUGCUCACUGGGGAAGAAAGAAAUAAUGCUCCAAAAGGCUGCCAUGAAUUGGACCCUGCGGCAACUCCAGUUGACCUUCUUAAGGUUAUUACGGAUGUUAAGGAAGAUGUCGUGCAGGGAAUUUCCAAGUAGAACUCAGCUUUUCUGGCCUCGAAGCUUGCAAUUGCUACCUAGCAUGGCUUAAAUGUCAUAUGCACUUCACUGAGCAUGACCGGUCGGCAUCAUUUGGCUCACUAACCUUAUUCUGCCAUCUAACUUCUGGCUGAUGUCGAUGACAAAUAGUUAACGUUGAAGACUUUUAACUAUUACUACUUAUUUAGGCAUUUCUAACGUUUAAUUUUAUUGUAAUAUCGUCAUUGCAUAGAGUAAAAGAUUAUCGGGAUGCCACUAUUGUGGUGAGGCCAGUUCUCAAAUGAUGGCAGGCAUCAUGACCUUCUACGAGGUGUCCCUCAGUGUUACUCAGUAAUGAUUUGAUGUUAGUUCAUGUAAGAGCUUAGGUUGAGGCUGCUGCCAGACUUUCCUCUGUACCCGCACUGUCUUCUCAUUUGAUUAUUACGUUAUAUUUUCCGUCA